AUGGAGAACUGGACUCUGCAGAACACUAGCAGUUCAGUUGUAGACACAGUCAACGGACUAGUCAAUAACGCCCUUUGGAAAUUCCAGUCUCUCGAAUCCCUUGGUCUAUCAGACGAUGGCCUCCAGUCCACAGACCCAUUGGGAUUCGAUCACGAUGGAAAUCCAACAGAUGAAGACGACUUUCAACAAGAAGUAGAUAAACUAUUCAGACAAAGUCUAGGAAUCGAAACAGACUGUGCACACCUCACGCCAUUGGCUUUCGACUCAAUUCAUAGACCAACCACACAACCUCCUCAUCCUCCAUUAUUAACUCCUCCGCCACAACCACAACCACAGCAACCACAGCAACCACAGCAACCACAGCAACCACAGCAGCCACAACAACCGCAAUUACCAUUACAAUUGCAACAGUCUGAAAACUUUGUAGAUACUCCACCACAACCUGAAGUUCGGGUCAGAAUGUACGUCGAAGAAGCCGCUCAACCAAAACGAUCGCGCUCUCCUUCUUCUGCAACCGAGCGAAAGGUUCGGUUACGUAUAAACCCUCCACCCGAGAAAGAAUCGCCCUCUAGACCCACACCCACAGCAUCAGAUACUCCUGAUAAACCUCAAUUACGCUUCCAUAUCCUCAAGCAGUUCUCUCCAAACCCUGCCCGUGAAGAAAACAAAGACCCAAUGAAACCAGACCUCGACGAAAAAAACCUUAGACGUCUUACGGUCGCAACCCUACGCACCCUCGGCGUCCACACAACCGUCGAUGAACUCCCUCCGGUAGACAUUGCCGAAACCCUCCCAACAGACUCCCAGCAGGUUUUACCCGCUGCGGCAAUGCAGGUCAUCACGGCCAUGAUACUCGGUACAUCGGGUGACAAGGACGUUUCCCAAACCGUAGGAUCCCAAAUCUCAAAUGGAGACCUGGCUGCCCUGCAGCGCAUGAUCGUCGCCGGUCUACGAGCCAGAAGCAUUGUCAUCCACACAACCCCAUCCGCCCAACCUCCUUCUUCGGCCGACAGCUCUGCUCAAUCCGACUCAUCUCCAUUCUCUGCAUCCGCAUCUGCCGUACACCACGGAACCUUGCCAGAAAACGUUCACGACCUCUCGGGCGUAAAAUACGAACCUCCAACAAACGUCACCCGUCUAUUCCUACGGCUCUAUCGGUUUAUAAUCAACAUGCUGCUGUCCACACCAGACUGCUGGCCAUUUAUCCAGCCAGUCCCCGAAACCGCAGUCGUUUACCACCAAGAAGUCCAGCACCCAAUGGACCUAUUCACAAUCGAACAGAAUGUCUGGCAGGGUAAAUACAGAACGUUUGCAAAGUUUGAACAGGACAUGCAAUUGGUCUGGAAGAACGCAAAAGUAUUCCAUCGCAAUACAGGAACCAUCCCAAAACACGCAGACAACCUUGAACAAUUAAAACAAUCUCAUUCACAAGGAUCCCAAGAAUUCAAAUUCGACACUUCAAAUAGUCUUCCUGAAGAAUCUGAUUUUUCAUAUCCACCUCUACGUCAGAUAUACUCCAAGCAAAGUAAAGUUUACACCAUCUCUGCCAUAUCACCUUUUGAAGCAAAGGCAAAAAAACCCAAAGGUCUCACGAACGAAAAACAACUCUAUCUCCAACUCAACGGCCCGUUUUUCCAAGCAGUCGAACGCAUGAAACUAGAUCCACUUGCCAAUCACUCGAUCGUGCCUCGUUUCUACAUUGCCAAGAAUCGAACCUUACUCCGUCAGGUUAAAGCCCAGGGAGUUCUGGCAAUCUUUUAUAACACAAAGGCCAACCGAACCCGUUCCAAACGCUUUCAGAUCGAAACCGACAUCAUCCUAGCCCACCCGGUCAGUGACCUGUUUGACAUUGACCAGAUGAAUGUCUGCACAGACGAUUUCUCACCAAAGGGCUGGGUCCACCUCAGACCCCUCAAGCUUCUGGAGCAUAUCGUGUUCGAAGUCAAUGAAUCAAUUGAUCGUGACUAUUUCCGUCGCAUGUUUGCAACCUGCAAGAUGAUGAGUGUAGAGGAAAAGAACGGGCAGGAUACACCAGAAACUAGGCAACUUUUGGAAAAGAUCGUUUGUAAGAUUUUGGGUAUACCCGAAGAAGAAAAGGCCGUGGCAACGACUGCGACUCCGGCUACAACUGCAACUACAACAACGACAGCAUUAUCAUCAGCGGUUCAAUCAGCAGUAAAAUCAGCAGUAAAAUCAGCAUCAAUAGCAACAUCAGUACCAUCAGCAUUAGCAUCAUCAGCAUUAUCACCAUCAAAAGCAGAACCAUCAUUAUCAGCAUCAUCAUCACCAGCACCAGCAUCAUCGGUAUCACCAUCUGUAGGAGUAGUAGUUACGGCAGCCGACUCCAAAGACGUACUUACAACAUCAGGAGGCGUAAAAAAAGAGCCAACAAGUGGAUCUAUUGCUCUUGAUCUUUUGAAUAUCAAUGAAAGUAAAUCUGGUUCGAAUCCAAGCAAUUGCCAACUGUCUAUAUCGUCAGCUGCGGUGCAUACAAAGACUAUCACCAAUUCAUUGUCACCAGGACUUGUCAAACAAGAUAACAACAACGUUUCUACAAACUCUACAAAGAAUGUAAAAGAUGAGCGGACGGCAGCACAAAUUUCAGCAGAUGCGACCAGACUGUCAACGCCAGAAAAGGAACACACGGUGUGGAAGAAAUUAUUAGGAGUUUGUCAGGCAAAAGGAAUCGAGAUAUGCAAUAUUGAGAAAAAAUACACCAAUAUCAAUUGGAGCUCACCAAACUCUGAGGGAUUCUUCAAGCAAGUGUACUUUCUUGAAAGUGUUGUUGUACAGACCUUUAGACAAAUGACAAUGUACCAACGUAUCACAGAAGUAGCCUGUCUAAUGAAAUUGAAAAACUUGCCUCAUAUGGCACAAAUGAAGGCAAUUAUUUACAACAAUAAUGGUGACAUUGCUGGUCUAUCAAUGGAAAGAUACCAAACAACCUUAAAACAAUACACACACGUUCAUUCUCAUCAUCGACUGUCAGCAUACCAAAAAUACGAAAUUAUCCACCAGAUGCUGAUCUGUAUGAAGACAAUCCAUGAGGCCGGACUUGCGCACCGUGAUCUGUCCGAGGUCAAUAUUAUGAUCAACACAAUUGACGGCCAAUUGGAAGACGGCAGCUCAAAGAUCUGCAUGUACCUCAUUGAUUUCGGAAAGGCAGUGUUUUGCGAAUCGCAGGACGUCAGAGACUGGUUUGUGGAUGUACCACGGGCCUCGUGGGAGUACGAUGGGGACGUGGUUCCCGAGACCGAAGAAGAACUGGCAACCUGGUGCGAAUCUUUACCGUGGGUUAAAGGAAAACCGGAUCACGGGUACCGGAUGUACAGAUCGAUCCAGACCCUGCCAAAGACUAGAUCCGACAAUCAGGUCUUGCCCUGGCUGAUCCACCCCCAGGCCGAAGACAUGUAUUCUAUUGGAGUGAUGAUGUGGAAGGUAUUUGCAGAAACCGAACCAUGGCGUGGGAUUCUGGAUACCGACCUGCAGGGACUUCGGUAUGUAGCCGAGGACGAUUAUCGAAUCCAGCGUGCGCUUGAGCGUGAAGUCCAUGGCGAAUUGAGUCGCCAGUUGCUGCUAAAGUGUCUCAAGACUCGGCCGCAGAACCGGGACACGGCAUCGGAUAUCUUGACCUGGAUAGAGCAGGACACUGUCAAGGCUGGUUUAUUGGCCGAGUGGAAAAUGUAUUCAUCCGAUACACGAUCCAGUCGCAAGGCCAAGAGUAUGUAUGGAUUUGAAGAUAUUGAAGAUGAAGAGAAACGGCGGAAGCGUAGAAAACCACUAUUGACAGGUAGUGGGAAUGGAAGUGGAAGUGGUGGAAACGGCGGUGGUGGUGGCGGUGGCGGCGGCGGAAGUGGAGGUCGUGGUCGGGGUCGCCCAAGGACUAAACAAAACUUACCUGAAUCAGCAGAAACGGGCGAUAGUACCAAUCAUCGGCAAGCAACAAUUGCCUAG